GUGCCCGGCGUGCGACAGCCGCCCACAGCCUUCCUCUUGCGCCAGCUCGCGCCGUUUGACGACUCGACGUCGCGGCUCGAGACGGUCGCGCUCGCCGUCAUCUCGUGCGUCUACGACAACACGGCGCUCCACGAAGCGUACAACCGCGCCGUCGACUCGCUCGCCACGAGCCUCGACGCGGUCUUGGCGACGCUCGGCGAGAGCGUGGGCAGUCUCUCGGAGCAGCUGCCGCCGCCAACCGUGUCGCGCCCGUCGCACGCGAUCGGGUUUGAGGCCUUUGCCCACAUCCUGCGGACGUCGCACUCGGCGCGGGCGACGUUGCCACCGCUGAUGUCCGAAGCGGUCUUCAGCGGCGUGUGGACCAUGCGCGCCGCAUCGCCGAGCGUCCGAGCUUUGCAGCCGAUGGCCUUUCUCGACGUGCUCUGGAGCUGGCUUGGCGCGUCGGGUCUCCGUCUCUCUCUCUGCGGACAUGUCUUCUGGGUGCAGAGCCAAUGGCCGGCGUGGCCAGCGCCGCCGACCGCCUUUUCGCUGGACCACGCGCCCCACGCGAUGCACUCGUGGCCGCAUGGCGCCUCGGCCGACGCUCAUUAUGUCGGCUGGAGGGACGCCGACGGGCUGCAUCUGCACGUCUUUGCAUGGCCUCGCCAUCCGUCGUAUCGAGGGCAUGGUCUCCGAACGCUCUGGCGACGCCACGAUGACAGCUUGGUCCUGCUGCUGGCGCGAGACGUACUAGCGACGACAGCCGCGUACGACCCCAACGACGACGCGACGCGCCGCAUCGCCAGCGUCCAUGCCGAGUCGACGGACCUGCACCUCGAGAUGGUCUACGGCCGUGUGUUGGAGAAUGAAGCCAGCGAAUUAAUGUAG